AUGGCUGCAUCGUUCCACGGUGGGCCGACAUCGAAAGAGCGCAAGUAUGAUCGCCAACUGCGGCUCUGGGCAGCCAGUGGACAGCAAGCCCUAGAAGACUCUCGUGUCCUGUUGGUCAACUCCGAUGGUCCCCUCGGCGCGAACAGCACUGGUGUCUCUGGCGUCGUUGGCGUAGAGGCUCUCAAGAACCUCGUUCUGCCGGGUAUCGGUGGAUUCACUAUCGUGGACCCCGCGACUGUCACCGAAGCUGAUCUGGGUGUGAAUUUCUUUCUGGAAGAGGAGUCACUCGGAAAGUCCCGUGCAGAAGAAACCUGUCGCUUGUUGAGAGAAUUGAACCCUGAUGUGAAGGGAGACUUCAACUCCGAGGUACGUCAACCUCAGCGCGUUGAAAUAUUUGACCUGACAUUGAUUAUCCAGCCUAUUGCCGACUUGCUUCAAGAUCCCGACUUCUUGCCCCAGCACAAACUGGUUAUCAUUUCUGGUCCUACCAAGCGUUCCUCGCUAGACCCUCUCAUUCAGAGAGCACAAAAGCAGGGCAUUCCCGUCUUGUACACCCACUCUGUCGGGUUUUUUGCGACUUUCUCCCUUCAACUUCCUGCUGAAUAUCCCAUCGUGGAAACCCACCCUGAUCCGGAGUCUGCACAAGACUUGCGGCUGCUAAAUCCCUGGCCUGAACUCGUCGCGACUAACGCAGCUCUGGAUGAUCUUGAUAGCAUGGACGAUCACCAACACGGGCAUGUUCCAUACAUCCUUAUCCUCCUCCACUUCCUAGAGCAGUGGAAGCAGUCACAUGGAGGCAACGCACCUGACAAUUACAAGGAAAAGACUGAGUUCCGAGAAUUCGUGCGAUCCAAAGCACGCACCAGCAAUGCGGAAGGUGGCGAAGAGAACUUCGACGAAGCCGUGGCAGCCGUCCUGAAAACCAUCGCUCCAUUCAGCCUACGCAGCACUGUCCGUGAGAUCUUCGAGCUGGAACAAUGCCAUAACCUGAACAGCGAGUCGGUGGAUUUCUGGCUCAUCGCCCACGCCAUUCACUUCUUCUACACCACCCAUGGAGUCCUCCCUCUCCCAGGCUCCCUGCCUGAUAUGAAAGCCCAAUCAGCAGACUAUGUUUCGCUACAGAAUAUCUACAAAACCAAAGCACGUCGCGAUGUGGAGGAAGUGACCAACACAGUGCGCCAGCUAGAGACCCAGCUCGAGCGACGAUUCCCUCCUAUCCCCGACCGUGACAUCGAAGCAUUCUGCAAGAACGCCGCUCACAUCAAGGUCGUUCACGGUCGACAAAUCCCACAGAUCAGCAGCAACAGCGAUUCCAUCACCUUAAAAGCAAUUCGAACCCAGCUCGGAUUCCCCGACUCCCUAGUCUCAGUAUUUAUCGCUACCCAGAUUCUCGAUGGAGUGGUCGAUGAAAUCCAAGAUACCUCUAACGACCACCGCUCCAUUAACGACGAUGCAUUGUGGAAGAGCCACACGGAACGAAUCUUGGCCUUGUUGACGCGCGAUGAUCCGACACCUUUGGAUUCCGAUGCUCGGGAGAACAUUCACAAGGCCAUUCAGGAAUUGCGCCGUGCGGAAGGUGGAGAACUUCACAAUAUCGCCUCGCUCGCAGGUGGUUUGGUUGCGCAGGAAUCGUUGAAGGUGAUCACGAAGCAAUAUGGACCGCUGGAUAAUACCUGUGUGUUUGACGGCGCCCGCAGUCGGAGUGAAAUGUACAGACUGUGA